GUUGUCACCGUCCUUUCCAGGUCGAUCAUCUCACCUUCAUCAUACCUCGACAUCUCACUUCAGUACUUGUCCUCGCUAUUUUGGUCAUCGUUACAAAUCUCUGGUUUCCGAUCACACAACUUCGACCAUGACUUCGCCCAUACCUGCCGAUGCCCGAGGCUUCUUGUUAUUGACACUGCCUCAAGCGCAGGUCUAUCAGCUCUUUGAAGGCCAGACGAUCAAGAUCGCUGAGGGCGAGCUCAUGCUGGAAUGUCUCGCCCUGCCACCCAAAGCGACGGCCAACCUCACAUCUCCCACUGGUGCGCUCGUCAAAUACAACCCGUUCUCCGACGACCCGGCUCCCAACAAGGACCUCUUCCUGGUGGUCAAAUCGGGAGACUUUGAGUUAUGUCUCGUUCCGGGGGUCAGGAUCACAAGGGAACCCUCUUUCGAGGUCUCAAACGAUCGUACCCAUGUCAACAACAAUCCCAACGUCGUCUUCAGGGUUCCAUCGCCCACCGUGACCGACGCGUUUGUCGACAUUGUCAUUCCCAAACCCACAACGGAGUUCGACUCUCAGGACUUGGAUACGCUCGAGAUCCUGCUCAAACAGUACGGCUCGCUAUACAUCCCCCCGCAAUUCGUCAACCGCGAGAUCCCCGGUGCUGGCCUGAUCGACUCGUUCACGUCGGUUUCCACGCCGGAUUCGCCAGCCGGAGGCAAAGGUCCCGCUCCUCCCGUACCCCCUCGUCCCGGUAUGCGUCACAGCGACUCUCAAGGUCGUUUCGUUCUCGUAGACGAGACGACCGGUCAGAUCCUCGGCGAGCUCGACCAGAACCUGUCUGUGGAGGAGGGCAAGCAGGUCGCAGGGGGCUCGGCGAACGAACCCGUCAUCGUCGAUUUCGGUCCUCUUGACCAGGGUCUCGCCAAGUCGAUCACGGUCAAGACGGUCGACGAGGCCGACAUGAACGAUUGGAUGUUGAAAGGAGCUCAUUAUCUGAGCAAAGGGAUCCUCACGCUCGGCAACUCGUAUUCGUCCGGGAUCACCUCGGCCGCAGAGUAUUACACCAAAAACACCAAGCCGUCCGCGGAACCGGUCAAGUUGAGCCCGAUGGCCAAGGGUAGCAUCAGACAGGUUCAUAACGCGUCGACCAGGGGAUUGAAGGUGACGAGAAAGACCUUGGGGAUCGUUCAGGACGCAAUCGGUGGUGUCAUCGACAAGGCUGCAACUGCGGGGAUGAACGAAUACGAAGACUUCAAGCGCAGCACCCCGCCUGGUUCUCGACCCGGCGGUAGCAGUACUAGCUACAACAACAACGGUUACCCGAAUGAAAAGGCCACGUACACUCCACCCGGGGCUGCGCCUCCCGGAUACACCUCUGGCGGUCCAGGCCAAGCUCAGGAUGAGAAACAGGGAGACUACGCUACCCAGGCGGGAUACGACCAAGGCGAACGCAGACCUUCGACGAGCGGUCAGAAGCCGCAGAAGAAGUUCUGGUUGAGGGUCAUCACCGCUGCCGAGGUCAUCGGGACCAGCAUCGAAGCGACUACUGCCAAUCUGAUCGAGUCGACCACGACGGCCGCUUCUACCGCCGCCGAACACAAGUAUGGACCCGAAGCGGGCCAGGCGACCAAGAUCCUCGGUGGAUCCGUUCAUAAUGUGGCGCUGGUCUAUGUCGACGUUCGUGGAGUCGGACGAAAGACCCUGAUCAACUCGGGCAAGAAGGGUCUCAAGGGCACGAUCAAGACCCGGUUGCAAAGCGGUGAAGAGAUUACGCUCAAAGCCGAGGAAGGAUCCAACGGGACUGUCCAGCUCGGUCAAGGCCAGCAACUCGCACAAGAUCUCACGGUUCAGGUCAACAGCCCUGCGACCCCGUCGGCCACGUCGCCUCCCGGCUAUUCGCCGCAAAGAACUCCCAUCGAACGCCGUCUGCAGAGCGUCACCAAUAGAGGGGAAAAGAAGGCCAUGUGAUGAUACAGUGCGGAUCCUCAGCUUUUAUACCAUCUUCAUCGACAUGCUUUGUACAUUUUAGGUCAUACCGUCAUACCCAUUGUUGUUAUCCUUACUGUUACACCUUGAUACACCUUGAUGUUAUGCUUGGCCCGUUUGUUUUGGUCAUUUCCUUCGUGAUGUCGUAAUCGUUCCUGUCUGAUGAUGAUGUA